UUGCCUCUUUUUCUGACACUCGUUCUGAAACAAACGGUCGUUGGUUUAAUAUCUAUCUUUAUACGGGGAUGGGUAGGUGGUGGUGACGUCACUCACCAGCAGGCCGCGGGUCGCCAGCUAGUGCGGCAUGCGGCCGCGCUCGCGCCAGUCACGUCUGCCGCAGCAGCAGCUUCCGAUGUCUGCUGCUGCACAACUUCGAUCUUCUGCAACCGAAAUAUCUGUGUCCACGUUUAUACGAAAACUGACAAACUCAUACUACCGCUAGCUGUACCCUUCACCUGA